AUGCCCGUCAGUUUUAUUUAUUAUGUUUACUGUAAAAUUUAUUACCCAAAUUUGUACCAUGCUCAACGAGCCGCUAAAGAAUUACCAAAGCAGUUAAUUCAUAAUCGCUUCCAUACCAUGAGCUUGUAUCUAGUUUUAUUACAUUUUAAGUCCUUUAUACUCGAAAUCCAAUAUACAGUAUAUAAGAUACUCAUAAAAUUUGUUGAUAUAUUAAACCCUUAUAUGAUUUACGAAAUUCAAUUGUUUUGUUGAAUUGAUAUGUUGUGAAUAUAAUGUUUAAAUGAUCUAAUCUAUGAUACUUUAAUACAAUUUUAAAUGUAUUAUCACUAAAAAUGGGUGUAAUUUUAUUAUUUGAUAAUUUUUAAGUUCAUAAAUAUUUCGC